UUCCAUUUCGAGAAAAUAUUAGGUGCGCCCGGCGCACCACGUCACCGUGCGCCAGCCCAAUCAGGAUGCGACACGUGUCGCCACGUGGCUCCACCUGGAGCCGGGUCCCGCUUUUGUUUUUAGCCAAAUUUUUGCCGCGUCCUUUUCUCCCAUUUGCACGCAAGCGUGCGUCCCUUCCCCUCCCGUUUCUCUUUCAAAAUUUUUUGUCUCUGCAUUUUCUCCAUGAGAGCUGCAACGCCAUCUCUCUCAACCAAACGCUCGCCGGUUGCCUCCAAGCUUGGCUGCCUCUACCGUCGCCGUCGGGAGCCACUCGCUCUGAAGAACCCUUCCGGUCGUGGCUGGGUCCCGAACUCUAACCAUCUUCGCCUCGGCCUCUAAGGUGAGCGCGGACACAAAAAAGCCCGCUGGUCGCCUCCGAGCUCGGCCGCCUCCGCCGUCGUCGCCAGGAGCCACUCGCUCCGAAGAGCCUCGCCGGUCGUGGUUGGUCCCAAGCUUUGACCAUUUCUGCCUCGACCUCUUCGACGAUCGCGUACGCUCAAAAUCCAGCCGGUCGCCUUCGAGCUUGGCCACCUCUGCCGGUCGCCUCCAAGCUUGGCCACCUCUGCCGUUGCCGUCAAGAGCCACUCGCUCCCAAGAACCCCGCCGGUCGUGGUUGGGUCCCGACCAUGUCCGCCUUGGCCUCUUCAGCGAGCAUGGACACCAAAAGCCCGCUGCUUGCCUCCAAGCUCGAUCGCCUCCGCUGUCACCGCCAGGAGCUACCCGCUCCGAAGAGCCCCGCCGGUCGUGGCCGCAUCCCAAGCUCUGACCUUCUCCGCCUGUGCCUCCUCGGUGAUCGCGGACACCCAAAAGCUCACCGGGCGCGUCCGAGCUCGGCCGCGCCGUUGCCACUUUCUCCCAAGAGCCCCGCGGGUCUUGGCUAGGUCCCAAGCUGUAAUCGUCUUCGCCUUGCCUUCUUCAGCAAGUGCAGACACCCGAAAGCCCACCAGUCCAGUGGCCUCCGAGCUACAAGGCAGUUAAACAAAACCUUGCAAUGCAUUUUUCUCUGAUGGCGUGGGGACUGAAAUGCUACUGGAGCUACUAGGAAAAACUGAAACGUACCGAGAUCAAUGUGCUGAAAUUCUGAAAGGUCCCAUAUGUUUAGAGAGUAUUGAGAUGGUUCUUCAAGAAAUGGACAGUUUCACUGUCAUUUUCCCAGAGUUCAAACUUCUGAGGGAAUAUCAUAUGCAAGCUAGUUCUUGGAUAUCCCGCUUCAACCGUUUGCGGGUGAACAUUGGCGAAAGAGUUGAUCAAGACAAUGUCGUAGAGGAGUUGACCAACAUACUAAAAGAUGCAGUGUCUCUGAAAAUUCAAGUUAGAGAAUUGCCUCUUGUUGAGCUUAAGCUGAAGAAGGCUUGUUGCAGGGCAAAGGCUCUACAGGCCCGUUCAGAUUAAAGGACCUUGAACUUCCUUCAGCAACUAUUGAUUGAAGCUGUCGGGUAAAUGUAUUCUCGGUUGUGGUUCUCAAAUUUUAUUGUCAAAACUACUUGAUAUACACUACUUCUACCUCUUUU